UUGGUACGGCCCGCGCAGAGCCUCCUUCGGGAGCUGGGUGGCUGCUCCCCCCUUGAGUCGGCGGCGCUUGGUGCCGCCCGGGAGAACCAGGUCAUCGGUCGGUUCCCGUGAAAACAAAAACAAUCGGCGGCGCCGCCGCGGGCAUCCGAACGCGGUCGGCGGGACUCAGGGAAGUGGGGCCGGGGGUGGGGGGGACCAGCGGGCGGGCGCGGCGGCGACGCGCCGGGGUCGGGGCGCCAUGGGGCAGGUGGGCACGGGCUGCGCGGGGCACCCUUGGCACCGCGGCUAACGUGCCCGCAGCCUCGCCACUUCAGCCGCCCUCGCCGUCCGCCUGGGGGACGAGGAGCAGGACGCGGCCUCGGCCGGGCCCGGGCCGAACGGCUGCGGACACCCGGGCGCCAGGGAGCCGAGCGCCGCCACCUCCGGGAUGGAUCAGUGCGUGACUGUGGAGCGCGAGCUAGAGAAGGUGCUGCACAAGUUCUCGGGCUACGGGCAGCUGUGCGAGCGCGGCCUGGAGGAGCUCAUCGACUACACGGGCGGCCUCAAGCACGAGAUCCUGCAGAGCCACGGCCAAGAUGCUGAAUUAUCAGGGACACUAUCACUUGUUUUGACACAGUGUUGUAAAAGAAUAAAGGAUACUGUUCAGAAAUUGGCUUCAGACCACAAAGACAUCCACAGCAGCGUUUCUCGGGUUGGAAAAGCCAUUGAUAAGAAUUUUGAUUCUGAUAUUAGCAGUGUGGGAAUAGAUGGCUCUUGGCAGACAGACAGCCAAAGACUUCUCAAUGAGGUGAUGGUGGAACACUUCUUUCGACAAGGAAUGUUGGAUGUAGCUGAGGAGCUCUGCCAGGAAUCUGGUCUAUCUGUAGACCCAAGUCAGAAAGAACCAUUUGUGGAGUUAAAUCGAAUAUUAGAAGCAUUAAAAGUCAGAGUUCUGAGACCUGCUCUGGAAUGGGCAGUAUCAAACCGAGAAAUGCUCAUAGCCCAAAACAGCUCCUUGGAAUUUAAGCUACACAGACUAUAUUUCAUUAGCUUGUUAAUGGGUGGAACUACAAAUCAACGAGAGGCAUUACAAUAUGCUAAAAAUUUUCAGCCGUUUGCUCUAAAUCAUCAAAAAGACAUUCAGGUUCUGAUGGGAAGCCUUGUGUAUCUGAGACAAGGGAUUGAAAACUCACCAUAUGUUCACCUGCUUGAUGCAAACCAGUGGGCUGACAUCUGUGACAUCUUUACACGGGAUGCCUGUGCCCUCCUGGGGCUAUCUGUGGAGUCCCCUCUCAGUGUCAGUUUCUCAGCAGGUUGUGUGGCUCUGCCAGCUCUAAUUAAUAUUAAAGCUGUCAUUGAACAGAGGCAGUGCACUGGAGUUUGGAACCAGAAAGAUGAAUUACCCAUUGAAGUGGACCUUGGCAAAAAGUGCUGGUAUCACUCUAUAUUUGCCUGUCCUAUUCUUCGUCAGCAAACCACAGAUAACAAUCCACCCAUGAAACUGGUCUGUGGUCAUAUCAUAUCAAGAGAUGCCCUGAAUAAAAUGUUUAAUGGUAGCAAAUUAAAAUGUCCAUACUGUCCAAUGGAACAAAGCCCAGGAGACGCCAAGCAGAUAUUUUUCUGAAGAAAUAACUAGCAAUUUGUAAGUGAAAACUGAAUUGUGGCCGCAUUUCAGAAGAGAAUGUUCCAUUUAAUGCAGCUAACCAAGGACUCCCGUGUUGAUAUAAGCUAAUGCUCCAGAAACUUUGCCAACAUUUUAGUGUACACUGAGGGGAGUGCUCGAGAUGAAUAUUAUCAUAGGGCUUUAUUAUAUUCUUGGUCUUCAUUUCUGAUCAAGUAAAUACACCAGCAGUUGUCAUUCAAUGCAGGUUUUUGUACUUAAUUAUAUGGUGAUUUUUUUACUUUUUAAGAGCAGAAACCGAAAUUGACCUACCUGCCAUGUGUUUAAUAUUUCUCCUGCUUUUACUUUUGUCAUUUUCUUAAUAAUUGUAAGCCUUGAGAAUGUUUGUGGAAAAGUUUUAUUUCCUGUUAUGUAUGCAUAAUUAAAUGAAAAUUCUUCAGAAAAAGUUUGAAAAAUUGAAUUGUGGUUAUAAACUAACUUGUAUUUUUUUUUUUUGCUUAAGAGAGAAAGCUGUGCUAGAUUCCAAAAUUUGCUUUUUGAUGUUUUCCUCUGCUCCAGUGCUCACCGAGAAGUCAGCAGACCUGCACUUGAGCCCUGCUUGUAGCCCCCAUGGGCUCCCUGUUUGAAAUUCCAUCCUUACUUUAGCAGGUUGCUGUGAGAAGUCUUCUGCCAAAACAGAGCGGAAGGAGUACUAUUUCUGAUUUGCUUUUAUUGCCAAGGGGUGCUCUUUAAAAAAGUGUGUUCAAUAAAAUGAAAUUCUAAAGUUAGAAGUGUUCUUAAGUUGAUACUUGCUUUCUUGGUUUUAGUAGCCCUAUUCUUUGCAAUCUGCCUUUAGGACUUGGCUAUUUAUUGCAUUUGUAUAUCAUUGCAGACACAGUGUUGUGUGUGUGUGUAUGUAUAUGUGCACCAGCAUCAAACAUUGUGUAUCUGGGAGGGAAGAAGCAUGUUCCAGUCCUAAAAUGCAGUUACCAGACUCAUCACUUUAAAUCCUUAAAGUUAGAAGCUAGCAAAUUUUCUGUCACGCAGAAUAUGUUUAUUGCUGUUUUUGUAUUUGAAUAGUACACUGUUUAAUGCCUCUCUUCUGCAAAGUGUGUCAUCUCAUUGACUGUGAAUCUGUAUAUUACUCUAAUGGAUACAGAUAAUGAAUGAUUUUUUUCUCUUGUGAGGAAUCUUCAUUUAAUGCACUGUCCAGAAAUAGCCAUGUGUGAGAGUCUUUCUCUGUAUGAUGAACUACAUGGAAAAGACUUCUGUCAACAUAAAUUUGACUUAAACUCAUGAAGUUACUUCAUUAUGGAAAGAAUGUUAUGUGGAAAUCACCAAAUACUUCACAACUUCAGUCAUCUGACAUGGAGCGCGAUAUCAGUAUAGGAAAACUUCCAUGAGACUAUGAAAAAAGAAGAAAACACAGAAGCAGAAUGUGACACUUCACAUUGUAAAAUAAGAUUGACUUGGGUUUGGUGGAAGGGAGAUAAUAGUUCCAGUUUUAAGUUAAUUGGAGACUGGCAGUGUUUGCAGUAGUAUAUGAUCUUGGAUGGUUUAUCCAGAAAUGUUUACUUGUGAGAGCUUGAGAUUUGUUUGUAAAGGAAAGUGUUUCCUCAGUGAAAACCUGCUGGAUUGCAGUGUGUGGAGUCAGGCUUGUAUCUAGGGCUUCUGUGCAUACUGUAGUUUAGCCAGGAGCUGUGAUUGGCCUGGUCAGAAUGCUCGCUUUAUGCAGCCUCAGUCUUGGCCUCACAGUGAGUUUUGCUGUAAGUCUCUGCUUUCCUGUUGGAAAUCUCUGUGAAGUUUCCCCUCUCUCUACUAAAGCAGUUGAAGAAAGAGAGCAAGAGAAACUCCUUGGACUCCAAAAUGAAAAUAGAGAAUUCCAGGCAAUACUCUGAGGAAAUAAAAUUGGUUUAUUAUAUUUUUCUUUAGAAUUAAAAUCCAGAGUAUUAUCAUUUUUAAAAAUGUUUUCUUGAUAGGCCAGACUUAACUUUAUUCACAACUUAGUCCCACCUUCCCACCCCAAACACCUACACAAUAUUUAGGCUUCACACAAAGUUCAAAUAAUCGAGACAUUGUGCUGGAGGCUGGGGUGAAUAUUUUUGGUGGCCAGACCCUUCACAGAGUUGGCUCAGCCACUAGCUAGAGCCCUGCUUUUCCCUAGUGUCGGGAAUCCUGUGAGUUUUCUGUGCAACACAAGAAACUUCAAAAGAACAUGCUUUAACUGAAGCAUUUAAUUUUAUAGCCUCCUGUAUAAGGUCCACCUGACUAGGUUAGGGACCAAAACCUUGAAACUCUUACUAGUCUGACAACUUAGCGUGAAAACAAUGUCUUACGACCUUUCAGUGCAUAAACUUAAAAUUCUUUGGUGACUAAAUAUGAAGGCGAGGUGAAUUAGCAGAAGCCGGACCUUAACCAAAGAUGCUGAAAUACAAACGUGCUGCCCUUCGUAUUCUAGAAACUCCUCCACUAAAGGCUUUAGGAACGCCUCGCCACUGAGGCUGUGUGUCAGCACUGCAGGAAGUGUCUUUCUCCCCCCCCCCACCCCCCUCACAGAGGGUCGUGAUAGGCCAAGGUUUUUUACAGUCAAACUUAUAAUAGUGAUAUACAUUGAAACCAGUUCAGAGUGGUUUCCUAGGAGCCAUUUCCAUGUAUCAGUUGUGGACAAAGGCCAUGGAACUAUGCGAAACCAAUAAAACCUUACUAUAAGAUUCUGAUUUAGCCAGAGCAUCUGUGCUUGCAAGCACAAUCUGAAGUGCAGUGGCUAAGGUUGUCUUUGAUCUUUUUUCUCUUCUGUGUAAUCAUCACAGAUGCCAUUGCUGUUUUAGUGUUUGAUUCUAUGAGACUUGUAAUACAUAAAUGAACGGGUAUUGGUGCCUCUUGAUUUAAAAAAUUUGAAGCAAAGAGCCACCUCAUAUUCAUAGGGUGUGUGAGUAUUUUGUGAGUGUAUGAGCAUUUAAUUGAAAAAAGAAAGUAAAUCUUGUGUUUGGGUUUUCUGUAGCAGCUGAUUUAUACAGAGACACUAAAACCCAUACCAGAUUCUGUGGGAAAAGAGGAUCCUUUUUUUCUUUCCAGGUAGUCCCACAGAUUAUGCAGUUAAAAUUCAGUAUUCUUUCUACUGUGAGUUUUUUUUUUCCAACCCAGUGGUUAGAGCCUUUAGGAGAAUAGAUACUGCAGAAACCAAGAGUUCUUGGUUGUCCUCACAAGACACGCUGCUGGUAGACGUUGUUACCCUACUGGUUUUCCAGUUCAACCUCUGGUUAAGUGGACUGGCCGGCAUGCUAGUCAGACUGCUUAGUCAGCAGACUCAGGUUAUUUUCAGGGAAGGCAUGGAGACAAGGUUUGGUUAAUUCCAUCACUAGGAUGUGUAAGAUGAAGACACAACCAAAAUAUCUUUCAUUACUUAAUGUACAUUAUCUUUGGUAAGACUAGAAUAAUGUGGUCCUGAGGAAAUACGUGCAAGGAACACUGAAGGUUUUGGCGCAUCAUAUGCCUGUCCCGCUGUGGCAGGUUUUAUGUGGUACAAUAGUGUUUACCUUAAGCAGGUAAAAACUUAAACUUUUUAUUGAACUAUAAUUGAAUAGAAACCAAAAAUAGAAUGACAAAUGUAUUUUAAUAGCAGAUGAGGCAAUUAGUUUUAGAGUUUUCCACUGUUGAUUUUACUUCAAGACAGAGGUAGAGAAAACAAAGUUUUGUUUUCAAAAGCUUUCCCACUAGUUUUAAGCUGUAGUGAGCAUAUGCUUCAUUUACUUCUUCCAAAGAGGCAAGAGCAGCUGGAAUUAGCUUAUAGCACAUGCUUCAUUUCAUGUUAAGGGGUGAGGACCUACGCUCUAUUUUAGCAGUCACUUCAUGUUCUCUGGCAAGGCAGAUGUGGGAUUCACUAGGUAUUUAGUGCCUGAUUUUUUCUUUGGGGAGGGGUAGGAGUGAAUGUAUGGGGAUGGGAGGGAAGCAGGAGAAGAAAAUGGGCGUGAGUGAGUGUGCAUGUGUCUCAGAUUCACCAUUUCUCCCACCUGUGUAUAGCAAGCACAGGUAUUUAAUGUAUUUUGCUCAUGACUGCAGUGUGCAUGUAGUAUUUUUCUCUGUUUUCUAAACCUAACACUAAAUGGAUUCAUCAGAUCAUCUUGUUCAGAUGGCUCAGGAUUGUAUUUCUUUUGCUUACCCUGUGCGCUUGGGUUCUAUAGUAUUUCUAUAAUUAUGUAACAAGACUAGUGUUGCACUGUAAUCUAUCAUAUAGAGCUAUAUGUAUGGAAAAUUUUGAUCAGUUUUUUUAAGAAAUGUAUCCUGUUUGCAAAGGCACAAUAAAGUUGCAUCUUAUAGACUAUAGGCAAUAAUGCUAACAAUAAACCUUAUUUAACACAAACCAUAUUCUCUGUUCAUUUGACUUUGGAAAAAAAAUCUAGUAUAUCCAGUAGUUUCAGGGAUUUCGUUUUAACGUAAAACAUUAUGCUAUAUUUAAUUUAUAAAUUUCAGACUGCUAUAAUAGAAUUUUGAAUAAUUAAGAUGCUUUGUUAA